UUACUACUUACUACACCCACUGCACGACCAAACCUUCAGCUGCUCCCGGCUAUUUUACUGCCAUACGUACUCGCUGUUCGGAUUCCCACUUCGACAGGACUAGAAAGUCGAUAUGAAUCGCAAACCAACGAAGAGCUUCUUCGAGCAGGACAAUUCCACAAAGGCCAAGUCAGGAUAUCGGAAGAAGGCGGUCGGCGGCAACACAUCCUCACGACCCAGUAAUAGUAAUUCAUCAUCAUCAUCACUCCCCGCGUCGAAAGAUGCAAAGUCGAAAUUGAGCGGAUUCGCUUUCGCCAAACCUGCCACGCCGAGCACAUCAUCACAAGCAGACGAUCCCGACCUCGAUACGACCCCUCGUCACUCAUCGGCUCCCGUGAUCGAAUUGGAUGUGCCUGCGGAUGUGCCUACUCCCAUCAAGACAGUCGCUGGCGAUGUCGAACCAGUGCAACUACCCACGCCACGCCGCCUUAGAUCUCUUAGUGACCUACCAGCAACUCCAAAGCCACGACUGAGUAUCGAGCACCUCCUCACCGACGAAGAGAAGGCAUUCCCCGACAGCCAGCCUGAUGAUCGGAACGAGGUCCGCGUGACCUGGGAGAGGUCAACACCGGGCGUCCGAAUGCGUCACAAGCGGGCUGCCAGUAGCUCACCACCACCCAUUCGCACGCCACUCGGCAAGCGACAAGCCAUGUUGUCGAAACCAACAGACGAUCCUGCAAUGGAGCUUUGGAAGAAGUAUGGUCUUGGGAUGGAUGCUGGACUGAGGAAGGACCGGCCCGCCAAUCCUGCCGUUAGAUUGUUUGCCCCUGACCGGGAAGAUCGAUCUCCGUCCAACCUUCGGCGAGGAACCUCAAGCGAAACGCCUGCCACGCUCAACCGGCUGAAGAGGAGGAAGACUCAGUCGUUCGAGCUGUUCCGUGAAUCGGAGUCACUGGAAUCUGGUCUUGAUAUUCCGGCAGGGACGAUAAAGAAGGCCUCGCGGCAGGAGCGUGUUGUGAGCUUAAUGGACCAGGUCAAACAGAGCAUGAAGCAGAAGGCUAGAGGGAAACUACCAAUCCUACCAUCCUCACCCCCACCGCAUGCCGAUUCUGAAGAUCCCCCACAGUCGUCUCCGUUACAUCGCAGUCUUGCGGCGCCACCACAACCAUCAGCAGUUUCGACAAACAUUAGCACAACCAAUGACUCGGAUUCGGAAGACUUUGGAGAUUUUGACGACGCGGAUAUUGACAUGGAGUUCAUUGAGAAGGUUGAAGAGAUUGAACGCAUUGCGUCCACUGCCCGUCAGUCCCAGGCUCUCGCGCAGUCUCAAGCUCUCGAACAGCAUACCUCUCCUCCACCGCAACCGGUUCCUCCACCACCACCACCGCAAUCGCUCGCUCAGCCCGAGGCCGCGACGGUCCUCGACGAGUUUAAUGAAUCCGGCGACGACGACUUGUUCGGCAGCAUUGAAUUCCAAGAGCUUGUGGCACAGUACGAUGCGCCAGUGAAGGGAAAUGCUUCAAGCAGUAGAAUAAAGCGGUUUCAAGUAGUUGAAGUGUCCGAAGGACCAUAUGAACUGGAUACUCGUAAAGCAUCUCGAGUUCAAAAAAUUGUGCGCGUCAGGGACGUGGCGUCAAAUGGUCUCUACAGGGUGAUGCUGAGGGACUCGUGGGCGACUGCUACCACUGUAUCCACUGGUGUAUUCGUCCACAUCGUUGGAAGUUUCGACGAGCAUGGCGUCUGCGUGGUUGACAGCAGCCACAACUACAUCAUCGUGAACCCCGAUUUCCUCGUCUCUGCAACGACCGUCGCCGACACAGUGUCAUGCAUGAGGAAGGCCGCGCUCCAGGAGCGAGUCAAGGCCACGGGUGACAUCAGCAAAGCGAUGGUCUAUGGAAACGUCCUGCACGCAUUAUUCCAAGCAGCGCUGGAGGAGAACGAUUUCUCGAAUGAACGCCUGAAUGCACACAUCAUCCGGGUCUUGACUGAUAACAUCGAGAGCCUCUUCCUCUUGCGCGAAGAGAUGCCCGUGGCGAUCGCCCACGUCCAGUCGAAAAUUCCGCUGAUACAGGAGUGGGCGAAGCUGUUUGUGUCGGCGAAACCAAAUGCCAAAGCGACGGUUGCCGACCACCGCGGUACGACUACGCCCAUCGUCGCGAUAAACAAGCUGCUCGAUAUCGAGGAGCACAUCUGGUCGCCGAAAUACGGGCUGAAGGGCAAUAUCGACGCCACAGUACAGGCAAUCAUUGUCGAACCCGGCACUGGAAAGACCGGUAAGGGCAGAAGCGUCUCGAAGACUUUGACGGUACCUUUGGAGCUCAAGACCGGCCGCAUGCAGUCGAUGGCGCAUCGGGCACAGACGAUGCUGUACACCCUGCUGAUGUCGGAUCGCUACGAUAUCAGUGUUGGCGGUGGACUGUUGUACUAUAUGGAGACCAACGAGAUGAUACGCGUUCCAGCCAUCAGGAACGAGCUCAGGGAGCUGGUCAUAAAGAGAAAUCAGGUGGCGCAUCACAUCUGUAAUCGCGAGACGCUGCCAGAAAUGCUCGAGGAUCAACAUACGUGCUCUAGGUGCUACGCAAAGACCUCAUGCUUUGUCUAUCAUAAGUUGCUCGAAGACGGAACGCCCGAGAGCAGUGGUGUGAUGAAACCGUUCAUAGAAAACACGGAGCAUCUGAACGACAAGCACAAGGCGUUUUUCAAGCACUGGGACACGCUCCUCACCAAGGAGGAGAAAGGCUCCGUGCGCUUCCGCCGGGAAAUGUGGACGAUGACCAGCGCCGAGCGCGAAGCCGCCGGCCGCUGCUUCGGCGAGCUCGUCAUCGUGCCUGAAUCCAUCGCUGUAGACGAGAGCAAGCAGCGGAUCAACAAAUACACCUACAGCUUUGAAAAACCUAGUUCGACUAGAGAGUUCAGCUUUAUCGAGUCGCAGCUCACCGAGGGCGAUCCCAUCGUCGUUUCGGACGAAAAGGGCCAUAUCGCGCUGGCUAUCGGUUACGUCUUCCAGGUCCGCAGGGAUAGAAUCACGGUCCAGGUGGACCGUCGCCUGCAUAAUGCGCGUACCCGCCAGAAUAAUUUCAAUGCGGACAGUUACCAGGUCUUUAACGGCAUUGUGGAGGUGAAUGGUACCCCUAGGACACCAGCUGCUCUGUCACAACGACCAAGUGAAAGGGAAGAGAUCUUCUACCGCAUCGAUAAAGACGAGUUCAGCAAUGGCAUGGCUGGUGUCCGGAAUAAUCUCAUCCAGAUUAUGGCCAAGGAGGCUAAUAGCAAGUACCGUCGACUCAUUACCGAACUCCUGCCGCCGGAAUUCAAGGAAUCGCCGACUGCGUACCAGCUGGACGAAGUGCCUGGCGCUGGCUCGUUGAAUGAGGACCAGAAGAACGCCGUUAUCAAGGUCAUGAGUGCUCGCGACUAUGCGCUUGUCCUUGGUAUGCCUGGUACGGGAAAGACAACAACCAUAGCACAUAUCAUCCGGGCACUAGUAUCGCAGGGCAAGAGCGUAUUGUUGACAUCGUACACCCACACUGCUGUCGACAACAUUUUGCUGAAGAUCAAGAACGAGAAAUUUGGUAUCCUGAGACUGGGGUCCCGUGCAAAGAUUCAUCACGAGGUGCAGAAUUUCGCGCAGCUGGCGGAUACUCGCUAUACCACCUUUGAGGAGUUGCGGAUAGCUUUCAACCGACCAAAGGUGGUUGCAACAACCUGCUUGGUCCUAUCUUCAGCGAGAGACAGUUCGAUUACUGCAUUGUAGACGAAGCGUCCCAGAUCACGCUGCCAGUGUGCCUUGGACCAAUCCGGCUCGCCGAGGCAUUUGUCCUUGUCGGUGACCACUACCAGCUACCGCCACUAGUCA